AGCAUGAGUGUAGCUCCAAGUAGUGCAUUUGUAACCCAAUAUGGAAUAGGAGAAGAACUGGAGGAACCUAAAGCAAUCCAGAUUGUAUAUUCUAAAACUGGAGGUCAACUUGGAAAUGAAACGUUGAUGAAAAUUAAGAACCAUGACGAUUUUAGAAAUAACCAAAACCAGAUGCCGUUGGUUUAUGAAUAUAGUUCUACAGUUUCGAAGAACACAUUUGGCAAUCAAACAUCCGAGAGUAGUCAGAUGAUCUUAACAAAUUCUAAGUCUUUUAAAGCAAAGCAAAGAAGGAAUAACAGAUCUCUUAAAAAAGAUGAAUGAUAUGGAUACUAUAGUAACCAGGAUAUCAUCAAAGAGCUUGAAGCACCUAAAAUCGAUACCAAGGUUAAGAUUACAGAAACUAAUUCCAAAGAAAAAUUAAAGGAAACUAAUCUAAACAUUCACAAUCUGAAAAUUAGUAAUGGAAUCCCUUUUAAGAGAAUUCAUAAGAGGAAAAACAAUAUGGAGGAAGGAAAGAUUAUUCUUCACAAAUCUCCUAGCAAUAAGCGUGCAAAAUAUCAAUUAAAAAUGGCGAAAAUGAGGAAAAUGAACAAUGGAACUGUUCUUAAAGGAUCUACUUUUCAGAAGAAAAAGAAGAACUCUCAUUAUAACUCACAGAAGCUGCAAGACUUAACUCAUCCAUUGCCUGAAGAGAAGGUAAGGGUGAGCAGAAAAGUAAAUAAACCGAUGCUAGAUUUUAAACAGUAUUUCGGAAACAACAGUUUCAUAAGAGACACUGAUGGAAAAGUAAAAUAGGUACGUAAAUUAUAGAUUUUGGGUGUUAAGCAAUCAAUCCCCAUGUGCACAAGAUUUCCAGUUUAAAGCUCACAAGCAUCAACAGAAAAUAAACAUGAUUGUAGAGAGCCUUCAAGAUAAGGAUAUUUAUUUAGAAAAAUUAAGACAGUUUGAGGAAAGGCAAAAGGUCAUAGAUCAGAUUCAAUCUAUUAAGGAAAAUAUCAAAAACAUAAUUAUCAAAAAAGGAAAUAAUGAUGAGAAGAAUAUCGAUUCAGAUGAGAGUAGAGGAAAAAUGACUAUAACGACACUACCAUUGUUUCUAAAUAACAAUAUUUCUCACUGAAGAUCAAAAUCCGUACAAAAACUGCCAAUUGGGAGUAAAUAUGCAUUAUGCAAAAACACAAUAUUGAUCAAGGGAGUUUUUGGUCAACCAAAACUUCUGAAGCAAAAAGAUAGCCAGAGGAAUAAGAGUGUUAGGAGAAGUGAAAAUCCUGCCAAGGGCCUCGAAUCUGAAAGGAAGAUAUCUCACAAAAAAAUAUCAAAAUAAUCAAAAUUGAGUUAUCAAGAUUCCAAACCAGCAACCAGUUGGAGAUGCGAACUCUCCUGAGACUAAAGAAUCAGUUAAGACGAACAUUAUCUCUAAAAAUAAUACCAAAGAUAGCAGACUUCAGAACCAGCUUGAGAGUAGUUUCAUGUCAGUCGGGAAUAAAUCUCACUGAAAUACUAUUUCUUCCGUCGAAUCUCAGAAUAUCAUGAAAGCGAUUUCUCAGAAUCAUAUUUAUGACAAAAAGAAAGCGAAAGCAAUUGAUAGUGAGCUACAAAAAUAUGUGAAAUUCCAGAAAGAUUUCAAUACCUCAAUGAUUAGCAUCAGCAGCAAUGUCCAUUCAAAUAGUUCAAGGGUUGAAGAUACUUAUAGAGAUGGUAAAAUUAAGAAGGAAAAAUCUAACAUGAAAAAUAACAAAGAGACUGUACAUCAAAAAUAAGAAAAUAAUUCAAAUGAAAUUUGAUAGUUCUAUUAUCACAAAUCCUCUGUUGCAGAAGAAGAUCAAUUAUGAAGCGAUAAAAAUGAGUAAUACUCCUUUGAACGUCCCUGAAGAUGAAUACCAGCCAAAUUAUGUUAACACCAAGAAUAAAAGCCAGGAUAGUUUUUCAAAAAUGAAAAAGAUGGUUUCAAAAAAAUUAAAAAGAGAAAAAUGUUUUAUUUUUAAGAGGAGAUCACAUUCUCAAGCAAAGAAGCAUCAAUAUACAUUUCAGAUUAACAAAUUGCUUGAUCUCAACCAAGGAAUUUUUAGUGGAAGUAGUGAAAUUGACGAGAACAUUGAAAACUCUCUUCUACAGGACAGAAUGAGGAUGAAAAGACCAAACUUAAAGCCGAUCUCUGAUACCAAAACUGCGUUAGACGAGUUUGUUAAAAUAAGAAUGAAUAUGAAAUAA